AGCCAUUAUGCUUCGCUGCACUUCUGCUGGAGUCGCGCGAGAGUAGCCGAGCUCGGUGACACUUUACGAGAAAGCUUCCACUGAGAGAUAAGUCACUGAGAAGCUGACUAGCUGACACUGAUGCCGGGGCUAUUGUGAUGUCGUUAUUCGUUUCAAUUCAAAUGAUCUGAUAUUAUCUCGACGAUAUCAGUAUCAGCUUCUCAAUAAUCUCUUUUUUAUUUUUGCUAAUUGAAAACUCUAUUCUAUUUAAUCAAAUUCCCUCAAACGGAGAAGAUUAAAUUAUCAAACUUUUACUACUACUAAUUUUUUAUUAUUUACGAAUGUUUAAUUUCUAAAAUAUUGUAAUAAUUAAAACCAAUACUAAAUUGGAACGAAGUAAAAGUAUAUACAGGAAUAAGGAAACUAUCGUGUUGCGGAUUUUCGCAGUGAUUAAUCCCUUUCUGUAUUCUGUAUUGAUAACGCAAGAACGAUGACGAAAACGAUGCGAAUGGUCUCUCGACGAUAUUUGUAUUCGGAAAAUGACCCACAGCGAGAGAGAAGUCGAGAUCAACGUCUCGACAUCCAGCCACCCACUUACGUGAUAAUCAGGGCACGUCUGCGGGUGCGCUGGCCCCGAAGUGCAACGAACUCUCGCGAGGAAGCGCAUUUUCGCGCAUUCCAUACGUGCAUAUCAUUAGCGGCUUUUGCAAUUUAUGCAUUUUACAAUAAACGGAAGCCCGCACCAUCGACAACACCAUCAAAACUUGAGUAACACUGUUUUUCUUGGAAACCGUAUUAACGAUUUUAUUUUCAUCCUGAACUGGUUUACCGUAUAAUGUGCAAACCAUUCAAAUUAUGAAGCGACGAAAUUCAUAACAUCAGCGGUUUCAUGAUUCCCUCGUCUUGUCAGCUAUUUAUGCUUAACGAUAGACCGAAGAAUCGUAUCAGUCUUGGACAAAGAGUAAGAGCAGUAAGAAGUCACGAUGCUCGCGUAUCAAGUAUUGGUGAGUACAAUUUUCUAAUAUAUACUUUAUAAUUCUUAUUCUAUGCAUCCUUGCAUAUUUUACAAGCCUUUAAUUUCCGAAAUGUUUCAAUAAUUAAACUACAUACUUCAUUGUUUUAAUUAAAAGUAACAAUUUCGUGAAAAUCAGUUAGUGUACAAUAGUAAUACAUCUAUUCAUUUCUUGUAACUUUUAUUAAUUCAAUUUUGAAUUUAAACAAUUCAUGUCAUUUAAUAAUAAGUAUUAUGUAGAAAUAAUUUAAAGAAUAACUUUCCGCUACCGGCUUUCGUUAUGCGAAUUUUGCUGAUACUUUGCUUGAUCAUUCUAUAGUUUCUCGCAGCGACAAUCUCGUCGACAAGCAUCGUACUUACCGACAUCCUCGUUCAACCUGGUUACGAGCAUCUGUAUCGCAGUAAUCAGUACAAUCAUCAACCUGUUCUGCAGUACAACCGGAUGUCCUCUCCGACCGAGAGACAUGCAGAACAAUUAACAACGCAACAACUCAUGCAGCAUCAUCCGGAAGUACACACGUAUCCCUAUUACAGAAUGUAUCAUAAUCCGGCGCCGUUAAAUUUGGCGAUAUCUCAUCAGUCUCACCAUUUUACCUAUUUACCAAAGCCUGCGGGUCAUUUGCAUUACAUGAAGGUAAAAGGUUAUGGACACACCCAGCACCCAAUGUUCGUCGGCUUACCUUACCCUUUGGAACCGAAUCCAGCGAAUCUACGACUACUAAACAUGAAGAUGAAGUGGCCACGAAGCCGUCCUUAAUCGACGUUAAGCAUUCUGCGGUCAACGACUCAUUAUUGCCAGAAAACGAGCCGACCGAUACCGACAGUAAGUAUUUGAGUAAUAAAUCAUACAUUAAGUAUUUACUCGCGUGAAAUAU